UGUAAAUAAAGCCUUGGCUUGUUAAUUCACGCGCCCUCUUUCUCUUCCGUCUACUGCGAGCGCGAAAGGGCGCCGGAGAAUCUUCUUCGCCGUAGGGCUCUUCCUGUUCACCAGAAGAGGAUGGGCGCCAAUUCUAUGCUAUCCGAGUCGACUCACGAUCUCGACGAGCAGAUCUCACAGCUCAUGCAGUGCAAGCCACUCUCCGACCAACAGGUUAGAGUUUUAUGUGAGAAGGCUAAGGAGAUUUUAAUGGAUGAAAGUAAUGUCCAGCCUGUGAAAAGCCCUGUGACAAUUUGUGGUGAUAUCCAUGGGCAGUUCCAUGAUCUUGCUGAGCUAUUUCGAAUUGGAGGGAAGUGUCCAGAUACUAACUACUUGUUUAUGGGUGAUUAUGUGGACCGGGGUUAUUAUUCAGUUGAGACUGUUACACUCCUUGUGGCACUGAAAGUGAGGUAUCCUCAGCGAAUUACUAUUCUCAGAGGAAACCAUGAAAGCCGUCAGAUUACUCAAGUAUAUGGAUUUUACGAUGAAUGCCUACGAAAGUAUGGUAGUGCUAAUGUUUGGAAGAUCUUUACAGACCUUUUUGACUAUUUUCCAUUGACUGCGAUCGUUGAAUCAGAAAUAUUCUGUUUGCAUGGUGGACUGUCACCUUCAAUUGAGACCCUUGAUAACAUAAGGAACUUCGAUCGGGUUCAAGAGGUUCCUCAUGAAGGGCCCAUGUGUGAUCUAUUGUGGUCUGACCCAGAUGACAGGUGUGGCUGGGGAAUUUCUCCCCGUGGCGCGGGAUAUACUUUUGGCCAGGAUAUAUCUGAACAAUUCAAUCACACAAACAGCCUUAAGUUGAUUGCUAGAGCUCAUCAGCUGGUUAUGGAUGGAUUUAACUGGGCUCAUGAACAAAAGGUGGUUACCAUUUUUAGUGCACCUAACUAUUGUUACCGAUGUGGGAACAUGGCUUCCAUAUUGGAGGUUGAUGAUUGCAAGGGCCACACAUUUAUUCAGUUUGAACCUGCUCCGAGGAGAGGAGAACCUGAUGUCACCCGAAGAACGCCUGAUUACUUUCUAUAACGUAAUCGCUGAAUGUCAUACUGGUGUUCUGCACUAAUUUCAGGUAUUUGUGCAUCCUCAUUGGUAAGAUUGCUGGAAGCAUUUAAAUCCAUGGAUAUAACGUCCUGUGCUUUUGUGGCUGUCCAAAGACUGCUUUGAUGUAUAAUAGGCAGGUAACAUUCCACUGUUCUGUUACACUCAACAACUUGCUGGACACCGUCUGGAGAAGUCACCAAGAUGAUGAUUGAUGACUAUGUCAGGGUGUGUGUUAUUCCAGCAAAAUGUGGAUAUUUUUUGUUUUCCCUGUAUUUUUUUUUCCUCAUGUUUCAUACGUCCAUUUUUACAGGCUUUAGCUACGACUGGAUUUUUUUAUCUCGUGGAUCUUUUGUUAUGUUCUAUAAUUUUCAGUAAAAGUUGCAUGAUA